AGGAGGAGCAUGAAGGGUUUCCGCGUCCGAGUCAUGAAAACAGGAAUUCUGUCAUGGCAACAGCGCGAGUUUGUGUCCUCUGGUUCCUUCUGUCUGCAGCUGGAGCAGAAGACCUUAAGCAUAAACCAGCCACUAAACCCGUCCGUUUGUUCACAGAGGAGGAGCUGAACAAAUACGACGGCAGCGAGGAGGGGCAACCUAUUUACAUGGCAAUUAAAGGCGUAGUGUUUGACGUCACAAAAGGAAAAGAGUUUUACGGGAAGAAUGCGCCAUACAACGCCCUGGUUGGAAAGGACUCCACUCGAGCUGUAGCCAAAAUGUCCCUCAACCCAGCAGACCUGACCUCAGAUACUAUGGGUCUCUCUGCAGAGGAGCUGCAGGCUCUGAAUAGUGUGUUUGAAGACACGUACAAAACAAAGUAUCCCAUUGUGGGUUACACUGCGUCACGCAUCCUCAACAAAGACGGCAGUCCCAACGAAGACUUCAAACCAGAAGACCAGCCUCAUUUUCAAAUCAAAGACGAGUUUUAACCUGAUUUCUCCUGAGA